AUGGUUCUUUCUUUCAUUCUGGUUCAGAAUCGCCAGGGUAAGACGCGCCUUGCGAAAUGGUAUGCGCCUUACAGCGAUGAGGAGAAAGUGAAGCUCAAGGGCGAGGUCCACCGCCUCGUCGCCCCGAGAGAUCAGAAAUAUCAGUCGAAUUUCGUCGAGUUCAAGCGCAGUACGAAGAUCGUAUAUCGGCGAUACGCCGGGCUAUUCUUCUGCGUGUGUGUCGAUGCCACCGACAAUGUGCUAGCGUAUCUGGAGGCGGUGCAUUUCUUCGUGGAGGUGCUGGACCAGUUCUUCGGGAAUGUGUGUGAGCUGGAUCUCGUGUUUAACUUUUACAAGGUCUAUGCAAUUCUAGACGAGGUGUUCCUCGCGGGCGAGAUCGAAGAGACGAGCAAACAAGUGGUGCUGACGAGGUUGGAGCACUUGGACAAACUGGAGUGA